AUGACUUCAACAACGCAGCCCCGUGCGCUGAGAGUGGGCUUCGUUCCCGAACACUUCUCCACGCCGAUCCAUUUCGCCAAGAAGCACUACGGCCUGGACGCCGAGCUCAUCCCCUUCCCCUCCGGGACGGGCCACAUGAUCACGGCGCUGUGCGGCGGGGAGAUCGAUGUUGGGAUCGGCCUCACCGAGGGCUGGGUCGCGGCGCUGGGCAGGUCGCAAGUGGACCGGCAGGACGGCGGGUUCAGGCUUGUCGGCACCUAUGUCGAGUCUCCGCUGUGCUGGGCCGUCUCGACGGGCACGGACCGGCCCGAGAUCCGCAGCGUCGACUCGUUGCAGGGGGCCAAGAUCGGGGUGUCGCGCAUCGGGUCCGGGAGCUACGUGAUGGGGUACGUGCUGGCGGACCAGCGCGGGUGGCUGAUCCCGAGCGCGGGCGCGGGCACGGCGGGGGAGCAGGCGUUGCCCUUCUCCGAGUUCGUCGUGCUCGACACGUUCGAGCGGCUGCGCGGGGCCGUCAACUCGGGCGCGGCCGACUUCUUCAUGUGGGAGCACUUCACGUCCAAGCGCUACUACGACCGCGGCGAGAUCCGCAGGGUCGGCGAGAUCUACACGCCCUGGAGCAGCUGGAAGAUUGUGGCGUCGACGGGGCUGGUCGAUGAUACUAGUAAUGACACCAGGCUGGACGACCUGCUCGACAAGCUCAACCGGGGGAUCCAGCACUUCAACGAGAACAAGGAGGAGGCGGUGCAGUACAUCAGCACCGAGCUGGACUACUCGGCCGAGGAUGCGCAGGAGUGGCUCAAGACGGUCCGGUUUCCCGAGCGGACCCAGGGCGUCGACGAGCAAGUCAUCUCGGGCUGCGUCGACGCCCUUUGCAAGGCCGGGCUGCUGCCGGUGGGCAAGGGGGUGAAUGCAGCGGAGAUGAUCGCCAGGCAGCGGUGA